UUUUGGAUUGAAUCCGAGUGGAUGUUAAAAUUAGGAAUGGUUAUCGUUGCGCAAGUGUGCAUUUUCAGUUUUGACCACAGUCGGAGGGUAUUUUUAAAUCUACAUACAUAAGCGUGGGUCCUGCGUAGGCUAUGUGGGCUGUCAGGCCAAUGCGAUGGGGAUAAGGGCGAAUACGGAAUUCAGAACCGCUACGAAAGUGGCAGUGAGCGCAGCGCAGACAGAAAUGCACGGAUGGAGCAUUCGAGGUCGCUAUCUCGGUAGUAAACUGGGCGACAUGCAAAGAAAAGUCGCCUCUUACCUGACGUCGGAGAUGGAUCCGGAGACCAGCGCGAGCGCGGCGCAUCUGAAGAGGGCCAUGGAGGAGCUGCUCAACCAGACUCGCCCUGCCGACGGCAAAACUGUCCGUAGCGUUAGACCGGAAAAUUCUCUCAGAAAAUUCGGCGUAUCCAGAAACCAAGCCCAAGAAGCCCUCUUGAGCCAUCAGAGACCGACGCCUCCUGCCGAUAACUUGAAUCCCACCGAUGCCCCUUCUCUUAAAAAUGCCAAAAAGUUCUGGAACCACUUCAUGUUAAGGAGAAGAUCCGAUUUCCAGUCCAUCCUACCCAUUAGGAACAAUGAGGUACACCAGGAAAAGUGCCGCAAAAUCCCCUUUCUGCAGAGAGUGGUUCACGAGGACUGCGAGACGCUCGUGCUGAAGAAUCACCUGUGCUUCGGGAGGUGCAGCUCCGUGCACGUGCCCAGCAGCGAGGAGGGCCGCUACACCUUCUGCUCCUACUGCUCGCCGGUCAAGUUCAGCCGCAAGACCGUGCAUCUGAAAUGCGCGGGCGACACGCGCGUGGCCAAAGCCGUGACGAUGGUGGAGGACUGCCAGUGCGAGGUGCAGAGAGGCAGGCACUCUCACCACCACAACGGACCCGUGCUCAUCGACCCCAGCCUGUUCGGAAACCAGGCCUAGUGGAAACUGCAUCUCGCGCGCAAAGGCGCAACGGAGCGCCUUUGUAAAAUCCUGUAUAUACCCGUUUUUAGUAUGUUUUUUUUACUAUUAUCGAUC